UCUGCUGGAAUGUCAAGCAGUGUACAUCGUACAGAUGUAUCAAACACAACUGUUCUUUUAAGUCCAUCUGGCACUACAUUGUCUGUAUCAGGUGCAGCUGGUAAUCAAAUUACCACCUCUGUAAUGUUUUCAAACUCAACACACUCUAAAGUUGUCACCACCUCAACCACAUCUUCAGUGCGAACCACUCAUCUAUCAACUAAAGCCUUCACAGGUUCAGCAGUGACAGGCGAGGGAUUUGUUAUUCUGCAUAUCCUUUUACAGAUGCAAUACAUUGAUGCUUACAAUAAUCCUGCUUCUAUGGAGUACCAGAUUCUGUCCAGAAACAUCACUAUUGAGCUCAAUCGAAUCUACCGGGAAAUUUAUGGGACCCGCUUCCUCAGAUGCUAUGUGAUAAGAUUAUGGCCUGGGUCAGUGGGUGUGGAUACAGAACUUAUUUUUAAAAACCAGACUGUGCUUCCAAAUGCAACAAGCAUUGAAGAAUCUCUAAAGACAGCAAUUGCUGAAUCAAAAGUGUUCCUUGGUGUGAUUCCUUCCAGUAUUACUGUUGUGGAACAGCAAUAUACAACUUCAACCACCAGCCACACUCAGACAUCACAAAGUGUUCCUAUAAUGCAAACAUCAUCUGCUGUUGCACCGGUUCUGUCUAGUAUGCUGUUCAUGCUUCUGCUUCUACUAUGGAAUGAAACACUGUAAUUCUGCAAAGCUUUACUCCAUGUGUCACAUUCAAACCUACAAUUAAUAUUGUGACAACUCUAUUAUCUGCUUUUGUGAUACAUUACUCUUAGUUUUAUGUAAUGAAAAUUGUGAUUUACCUGAUACAUUUAAUUAUUAUUCUUCAGGCAUUUCUUGGGAAUUUCAACACCUAUAACACCAUAACUUGUAUUUUGCCUAACCCUUCUUGUAUUUUCUUUUCUUGGAUGUUAAAGAAAUUUAAAUGUAAUGCAUAUUUGUAAAUAACAAGCAAAAUACAAUACAAUGGUUUUGAUUUAAAAAAAUAUUAUAUAUAAUUUAUUUUGUUGAAUUUAAUUGUAAUCUGUACUAUUUGUGCACUAUUCCUUUGUUAUUCAGAAAAGUGUAGUUAAGAUAAAUUUAUUUGUAUGAGUACCAGUUUGUCAAGAUAGUUUCUGUUUCCAAGAAUGCUUUGCUUCAAUAAAUGCUGAAAUUA